AUGGCUGAGAUUCAGGCUAAGCUGCAGAAACUCUCUGAAGAGUACACUGCUCUUCAAACAGAACUCCAGACCACUGUCCAGGCGCGUCAAAAACUGGAAGCUCAGAAGCAGGAGAACCUCGGUGUGAAGGAGGAGUUCGACAAGCUCAAGGAUGGCGAACAGAUUUACAAGCUCGUCGGACCUGUUUUGCUGAAGCAGGAUAAGGUGGAGGCUGAGAGCACAGUCAAGGGCCGUUUGGAUUUCAUCACCAAUGAGAUUGAGAGGCACGAGGGCCAAAUCAGCGAGUUGCAGGGCAAGCUCGAGAAGAAGAAGGGCGAGAUCAUUCAGCUGCAAACCAGCGCACAGGCCGCGGCGAAGAAGGGAUAG